AUGAAGACUAGAAGAUUCGAUCCUACUGAGGGCAACGCACCGCACUCUGAGGAGCCAAUGAAACCUGAAAAACGAGAAGAAACUUCCGCUACAGAUGUGACAUCAGAACCGGGCAAUGAUUACGAAAAAACAACAAAACAAAUGGACAGCAAAAUGGUGGAAGUACCAACAUCAUCCACUUCACUAAUGAAAACAACAGAAGCAGCGAUCACAACUACACUAGCAAUGACAACAAUACUUGAAAAAUCCAGAGAAAGCAGCACCAUAGAGAAGACAUCUAGAACAGCAUCACAGAAAGUGACAACAACAAGAAUAAUACAGGAGCACACGACUCCACCAGCGAUAUAUCAAGAAACAAUAAAAAGUACAGCAGCACAAGAGAAUGCGGCUACUGGAACAACAAAGAAGGAAACGGGGCGAAGAACCACGACAGAGAAAGAAGCAAGAAGAACACAAAUAACGCAGAAAGAGGUUAAAAUUACUACUCUUCCACCGAUCAUUACAACUUCGUUCUACUCAACAAUAACCACCAACACUGCAUUUAUCCCUAUACCUUCGCAAGUACCGAAAACGGAGUCUGUCGUAGAGAGACGAACGACACGCGGGCAUGAAUCAAAAACAAUAAAGCAUUCUACACCGGACAGCAAUUCCACCGAAGAACAAGAGGCUACGAAGGGCGAGGGGUAA